UCCACUUCUCCAGCAGCUGCUUCUCACGUGGUCUGUAACUCUGGAGGGUCAGUAUAUAAACCGACCCCCGCGCGCACUGUCCUUACAGACCCGAGGCACGAGGAACAGGCAGCGGAGUGGACAAAACAUUAAGACCACAGGGAGAAGUUAAACUGCCGCUCACGUGAUUCCCCCCUGCUGAGGAAUGGAGGGCGCGGGGAAUGCGACGGCGCUGCGCGCGCUCUCCUUCCGGAACGCCGCGAGCACCCCGCAGGCGGGCGGGAGCGACGGGAACGCGUACCUGUAUAUUCUGAUCGUCAUGUCCUUCUAUGGGAUCUUCCUCGCCGGUAUCAUGUUCGGGUACGUGCGCUCCAAGCGGCGCGAGAAAAGGCGCAGCAACGUGUUCCGGCGGCUGAUGCAUGAGGAAGAGCAGCGGGAGUGGGGCGCGCGCCUAAAGAAGCACAGCCUGCCCGCGCUGGCCGGCCUCACCUUCUCCGCGCGCGCGCUGCCGCUGCCGGGCGGCCCGCUGGAGAGCCGCGUCCUCGCGCCGCUCGCGUGCGCGCUGUGCUCGGUGGAGCAGAGCAGCGUGAGCUCCCUCUGCUCGUCCGCGGACGCGCGCGCCAUCAUCGAGGAGGAGGCGGACAGCGGCACCGGGGAGGGGCUCGAGGAGCCGUGCCGGGAAAGCGUCGCGAGCAACGGCGCAUCCGCGGAGAACCUCCGCGCGGCGCCGUGAGACCCGCCAGAACCCGAGAACUGCUGAGGGAGCCGCGCCCGGGUUCUGACCCCGCCCGGGGAUCAACAGGCAGCUGACCGGCCGCGACACCGACACCCUGGACCCAACUUGAAGUUCUGAACUCAUUUCUUUAUAUAUUAAAAAAACUUUUUAAAA